UUGAUCACGUGGUUCCUGAGCCAGGGACCAGUUUGCUGACUGCGUUUGACCAGUGGCGAGAAUGGGCGGACAGCAAAUCCUGCUGCGACUACUCUCUGCACGUGGAUAUCACCGAGUGGCAUAAAGGUGUCCAGGAGGAGAUGGAAGCUCUGGUUAAAGACCAUGGUGUGAACUCCUUCUUGGUGUACAUGGCUUUCAAAGACCGCUUUCAGCUGACUGACUCUCAGAUAUAUGAGGUCCUGAGUGUAAUCCGGGACAUCGGUGCGACAGCUCAAGUGCACGCUGAGAAUGGUGACAUCAUUGCUGAGGAGCAGCAAAGGAUCCUGGAACUGGGGAUCACAGGCCCUGAGGGGCAUGUGUUGAGCAGACCUGAGGAGGUGGAGGCAGAGGCUGUGAACCGGGCAAUCACCAUCGCCAACCAAACCAACUGCCCCCUUUAUAUCACCAAGGUGAUGAGCAAAAGUGCCGCCGAUGUCAUUGCUCAAGCCAGGAAAAAGGGCACCGUGGUGUAUGGAGAGCCCAUCACAGCCAGCCUGGGGACCGAUGGAUCUCACUACUGGAGCAAGAAUUGGGCGAAGGCGGCAGCUUUUGUUACUUCCCCACCACUCAGCCCUGACCCAACCACUCCUGAUUUUCUCAACUCGCUACUGUCCUGUGGAGACCUCCAAGUUACUGGCAGUGCCCACUGCACCUUCAACACUGCUCAGAAAGCUGUUGGGAAGGACAACUUCACCCUGAUCCCUGAAGGAACCAAUGGCACUGAGGAGAGGAUGUCCAUCAUAUGGGAUAAGGCUGUGGUGACUGGCAAGAUGGAUGAGAACCAGUUUGUCGCUGUGACCAGCACAAACGCAGCUAAAAUCUUCAACCUGUACCCGCGGAAGGGCCGUAUCGCAGUGGGCUCGGAUGCUGAUCUGGUUAUCUGGGAUCCUGACAGCGUCAAGACAAUCUCUGCCAAGACUCAUAACAUAUCCCUGGAGUACAACAUCUUUGAAGGCAUGGAGUGCCGCGGCUCGCCCCUGGUGGUGAUCAGCCAGGGCAAGAUCGUGCUGGAGGACGGGAAUCUCCACGUCACCGAGGGCUCGGGGCGGUACAUCCCCAGGAAACCCUUCCCCGACUUCGUUUACAAGCGCAUCAAAGCCAGGAGCAGGCUGGCCGAGCUGCGGGGCGUGCCUCGAGGGCUGUACGACGGCCCCGUCUGCGAAGUGUCGGUGACGCCGAAGACCGUCACGCCGGCGUCCUCGGCUAAGACGUCCCCUGCCAAACAGCAGGCCCCACCCGUGAGGAACCUGCACCAGUCUGGAUUCAGCUUGUCUGGUACACGCUUUUAA